AUGAAAAUAGUUUAUAUUAUUUUUAUAACAUUUGUAUUUUUUAUUUAUGUAUAUGGAAAAUUAAAUAUAGAUAUUUUUAAAAAUCUUAUUAAUAUUGAUAUAGAAUAUAUAAAUUUUUAUAAAAAUGAUAUAAGAAAAAAAUAUAUAACAAAUGGAAAUAGUUUAAUAUAUGAACAUGUAAGUAAAUAUAUUAAUUUAAAAAAUAAUUAUGUACAAGUUAUUGUAAAAGGGAAAUUAAAAAAUGUGCAAGAUACUUCAGCAGAAAGUUUUCUUUUUUUAUUGCCUUAUCAUGAGGCUUAUCAGGCUACCAACAUACAUGUUAUUGAUGAAAAAGGAAAUAUUCUUCAAUAUAAUAUUUUAAAAGAUACAAAAGAUAUAGAAGAAAUAAAUAUAGAUUCAUUUAAUCAUGAUGUUGAUAUAUCAAAUUUUAAUAUAAAAGUUUAUGAAAUAUUAUUGAAUACAAAAUUAAAAUUAGAAGAAGAUAUUCUUAUUGAAUUAUCAUAUACACUAGGUCAGCCUUAUCACCCAUAUCCAUUAGAUAUAAAUUUAAUGGAAAAACAAAAUGUUUUAUUUUAUUUAUCUUCAAAAAUUUUGUUACCAUAUCAAGUUGAAAAAUAUGAACAGAUAGAUAUAAAAUUAUGUGACAACUGUGAUAUUGUUAAUUUAGAUGAUGCAUGUUUUUUAAAAGAUUUAAAAAAAAUAAAUGAUAAAAAUUAUAUUAUUAAAUAUCAAUAUAAUAUAGAACCAUUUAAUUUAGGACAUAAAAUCUUAUUAUAUUUUGUAUGUGAUUAUAAUUUAGGUUAUUUUGAAAAAGUAAUAAAAAAUAUUAAUAUAUCUUCUUUAGGUUAUAUAUAUGAAAAGGAAGAAUACUUUUUAAAAAAUAAUGCAGCAAAAAUAAAUAAAUUUGAUAGAUAUGUCUUAAGUGACUAUGAAAGUAAAUAUACCUCAUCUGCAGGAUCGAUCACAGGGGAUAUAAAAGGUGCUACUAAUAUGGGAUUUAUAAAUAUGGAGAACAAAAAUGAUACGUUUAAUAAUAUUUCAAAUGUAAAUAUUUCAAAUGCAAAUAUUUCAAAUGUAAAUAUUUCAAAUGCAAAUAUUUCAAAUACAAAUAUUUCAAAUACAAAUAUUUCAAAUACAAAUAUUUCAAAUACAAAUAUGCCAACCGACAAGACACACAACCAAAAUAGUAUCAUCUAUUCUCUUGAAUCCAAAAUAAAUUAUAAUAUUUAUGACUACAAUUAUUUUGAUGAUCUAGGAAAAAUAUAUUUAAUUAGAGGAGAAGAAAUUUAUGAUGAUGAGAAAAAAAAAAAUAUUCUAAAAUUCGAUGUAAAACCUAGAUAUCCUUUAUUAGGUGGUUGGAAAUUUCAUUUCUUCAAUACAUUUUAUCAUUAUUCGAACUUAUAUAAAAUGAAAAAUAAAAGAAAUGCAUAUGCAUAUAAAGUAGAUAUUUCUCCUACCAUUAAAAGUUUUUAUAUCAAACAAUUAAAUAUAAAUAUAUCUUUACCAUCUUAUUCUCAUGAUGUUUUUAUAAAUAAAGAUAAUCUUAAAAAUAAUCUACAUAUACAAACUACCAAAAAAAAAGAAUGGAUCGAUUUCUUUUCUGAAAGAAAUGUUCUUGAAUUACAAAUACAUAAAUUCUUUCCUUCCAGUGAUGAAAAAUAUAUGAACAAUUUUCUUGUCACAUACAACCUGCCAAUAACGCAUAUUUUUAUAAAGCCUCUCAUAUUGAUUAUCAUAACUUUUUUUAUAAUCCUUUUGUCAUUUAUAAUGAAGAAAAUAUCUUUCAAAUUUAAUACAGUUAAUGAAAACGAAAUAGAAAAAGAAAAAAUCCAACAACAGCUUUUUCAUGAGAAGUCUAAGGAGUUAUAUGAAAAUUUGUCGUAUAUAUCUGAUAAGCUCAUCCAAUCAGUUAAUUGUCUCAAUGGAAAAGAAAAAAAAGAAAACUCUGAAAUUUUAACACAACUAGAAGAAAAAUGGACAUAUGAUUUUAUUAUUUAUACAAAAGAAUUUUAUAGAUUAUUUGAAUAUUCUGAUAAAAAAUAUGAACUACAAGAAUAUGUUGAUAAGUGUUUUAAUUACCAUGCGGUGGUCAAACAAUUUUUUGAAGCACAAAAAACUAACAACUUGAAUGUUAACCUCAACGAAAUUGCGAAAGCUGAAAAAGAUUUGUUACUUUUAUUAAAAUAUAAUUAA